AUGGGCAGCAUCGAAGAACCCAACUUUAGCCAGAUGAACGAGGACCUCGACUAUGAUGUCCUCAUUAUUGGGGCCGGACUUUCCGGCAUUUAUUCACUAUAUCGGAUGCGACAGUUAGGCCUGCGGACGAAAGUCCUUGAGGCCGGCGGAGGUGUAGGAGGAACGUGGUACUGGAACCGGUAUCCAGGCGCGAGAUUCGAUUCUGAAAGCUAUUCAUACAAUUUCUCAUUUUCUCAAGAGGUGCUCGACGAGUGGAACUGGUCCGAGCAUUUUGCCUCGCAGCCCGAGACAUUACGGUACUGCGAGUUCGUGUGCGACAAGUUCGAUCUUCGCCGCGACAUGCAGUUCGAUACUCGAAUUACUGCUGCACAUUUCCAAGACACGACUAAAUCAUGGCUGCUGAGAGAUGAACAAGGACGGCAAUAUACCUCGCGAUUCCUGGUUACAUGCAUUGGCAUUCUGAACAACUACACAAUGCCCAACAUCCCCGGAGUCGCAACCUACAAGGGAAAAGCAAUCCACACGGCUCGCUGGCCGCAAGAGCAAGCAGAUUUUGAGAACAAGCGCGUCGCUAUCAUCGGCACCGGCGCCACUGCCAUCCAAGCAAUCCAGGAGAUUGUCAAGACAGUGGGCCACCUGACUGUCUUCCAACGAACUCCGAACUGGAGCCUGCCUCUACGAAAUGCACCCCUCUCCCCGGAGGAAAUGAACGAGAUCCGAACUCGCUACCCCGAGAUAUUCAGAAAAUGCUCCGAGUCCUGGUCCUGCUUCAUGCACAUGUCCGACAAGCGAAGUGCCCUAGAUGUGAGCCCGGAAGAGCGCGAAGCAUUCUGGGAAGACCUAUAUAGGCAACGCGGCUUUGCCAAAUGGCUCAGUAAUUUCGGUGAUAUCAACACAAACAAAGAGUCAAAUGCCCUCUUCAGCGAGUUUGUCGCAAACAAGAUUCGUCAGCGCGUAAAAGACCCUGUCACUGCGGAAACCCUCAUCCCUAAGUGCCAUGGCUUUGGGACGAAACGUGUGCCCCUGGAGUCAGGCUACUUUGAGGCAUACAACCGGCCCAACGUGCGGCUAGUGGAUGUCAAGUCGAAUCCAAUUGAAUGCGUCACCGAAACUGGCAUCCGGACGAGGGACGAGUCCUUUGAUUUCGAUAUGAUUAUUUACGCUACGGGAUUUGACGCUGUAACCGGGUCAUUCACCGCGAUAGAUUUCCAGGGUGUGGACGGAGUUAAGCUGAAAGACCGGUGGAGCGAGGGCCCACGCACUUUCUUGGGUCUAUUCGUCAAGAGCUUUCCCAAUAUGAUGAUGGUUAUGGGUCCGCACCAGAUGUUUGGAAAUAUUCCUCGCAGCAUUGAGUAUGCGGCCAGCUGGGUGGCACGGUUUAUUGAAUUCUGUCGAAACCGGGGCAUUACCUUUGCUGAGACGACGCUGCAGGGUGUUCUGGAUUGGACGGAGCAUGUCCAUACUUGUGCGGUGGGACUGCUUGCUAAUGAUGUUGAUUCAUGGAUGACUGGUGUGAAUAAGAAUUUGGCUCACAAGCAGGAGAGGAUUAUUGCUCGGUAUCAGGGUCCGGCGCCGGGCUAUCGAAAGUGCGCUGAAGAUGUGGUCAUGAGGCAUUAUGAGGAUUUGGUACUUGCAUGA